AUGGGAGAAUGUCUGAUGUUUGGGCUGGACUUGGAGUCUCGAUAUCUGUCGAAUCUGCCAGCCGAAGAGGAUGUCGUCAGCUUGCUCAUUGGAACCCACAACAUCAAGAUGGAUAAUCAGAUAUGUCGCCUAUCGCUGGAUGGCGAGUACUCUCGGAUCUCGUCAUUGUCAUUUCCGCACACAGUUGGAGAGGUACGUGGCUUGGCUGCCUCACCAUCCAGUGCCGACAUUGUGGCUUCAGCUGCUGCAAAUUUUCAUGGAUCGCCAGCCACAUUCGGCAUUCAUUUAUGGCAAAUGGACAGCAGCAAAGGAGCACUGAAGGAAUUGGCUUCUGCUGCCAUCGACGAUUGUCCGCUG